AUGGUGAGGAAGAGGCCAACUGACCUUCCUGGUGGAAGUGAGAGCUCUGAGUCUCAACAAACUGGAGGAGGACGUGCAGGUGCCCAAAGACCACUUAUACAACAGCAGCCACAGCAUCCAGGCGGAUAUCAAGGUCGAGGUCGGGGAAGGGGAUCCCACCGUGGAGGCCGUGGUGAUGUAGGUGGUGGAAUUUCCCGGCAGCAAUACUACGGUGGACCUCCUGAAUUUCAGCAGGGUCGGGGUGGUCAUCACCAACAGCAGGGUGGACGCCGUGGUGGUCGUGGGCCUGGGACACCUGCUGGUGGCCCUUCUAGGCCACCAAAUCCCGAGCUGCAUCAAGCUACCAAUGUUCCAUAUCAAACUGCAGUGACCCCUGAAGCAGUGCCAUAUGGCAGGCCUGGGCCACCAGCUCUGGAGCUGCAUGAACACGUUCAGUCUCCAUAUCAUUCUGAUGUGACCAUUCAGCCUGUGCCAUAUGGCAGUUCAACGGAGUCAUAUUCUGAGGCAGGCUCCUCAUCCCAGCCACCUGAGCCAACACCUUCAGAAGUGACUGGGAAAAUUCAGCAACUUGUGAUUGAGCCAGAAGCAGCUCCAAGCGAUCGAAUGCAACCUGCGUCGAGCAAGUCAAUGAGAUUUCCUCGUCGGCCUGGAAAGGGAAGCUACGGUACCAAGUGUGUUGUGAAGGCCAACCACUUUUUCGUUGAGCUGCCCGACAAGGACUUGCAUCAAUAUGAUGUAACAAUGACACCUGAAGUUACAUCCCGUGGUGUUAAUCGUGCUGUGAUGGGGCAGUUAGUGAGGCUAUAUAGGGAAUCUCAUCUUGGAAAGAGGCUUCCAGCUUAUGAUGGUAGAAAGAGUCUUUACACUGCUGGGCCUCUCCCUUUUGUCUCAAAAGAGUUCAAAGUCCCUCUUAUUGAUGAGGAAGAUGGUCCAGCCGGUACCAGGCGAGAGAGGGAGUUCAGGGUUGCAAUCAAGUUGGCUGCACGUGCUGACUUGCACCAUUUAGGGAUGUUUUUACAAGGCAGGCAGGCCGAUGCCCCUCAAGAAGCUCUGCAGGUUUUGGACAUUGUUCUGCGUGAAUUACCAACAUCUCGGUAUUGUCCGGUUGGUCGCUCAUUCUAUUCCCCUGAUUUAGGUAGAAGGCCUCUUGGUGAAGGGCUUGAAAGUUGGCGUGGUUUCUACCAAAGUAUUCGCCCCACUCAGAUGGGAUUGUCAUUGAAUAUUGACAUGUCAUCAACUGCUUUCAUUGAGCCACUCCCGGUGAUCGACUUUGUCACGCAGCUUCUCAAUAAGGAUGUCUCUAGACCAUUGUCUGAUGCUGAUCGUGUGAAGAUCAAGAAGGCACUGAGAGGAAUAAAGGUGGAGGUUACUCAUCGAGGAAAUAUGCGCAGGAAAUACCGCAUCUCUGGUUUGACUUCACAAGCAACACGAGAGUUGGCAUUUCCGGUUGAUGAAAGGGGUACAAUGAAAUCUGUGGUUGAAUACUUCAGAGAGACCUAUGGGUUUUUCAUUCAACAUACUCAGUGGCCUUGUCUGCAAGUUGGAAAUCAGCAAAAGGCAAAUUAUUUACCAAUGGAGGUCUGCAAGAUUGUAGAGGGCCAAAGGUACUCUAAGAGGUUGAAUGAUAGACAGAUCAGUGCACUUCUGAAGGUCACAUGUCAGCGUCCCCGUGACAGGGAAUAUGAUAUUCUUCAGACUGUACACCAUAAUGCUUAUGCGGAGGAUUCUUACGCCAAGGAAUUUGGAAUUAAAAUUAGUGAGAGCCUGACUAAAGUUGAAGCUCGCAUUCUACCUGCUCCCUGGCUCAAAUAUCAUGAUUCGGGUCGGGAGAAGGAUUGUCUGCCUCAAGUUGGGCAGUGGAAUAUGAUGAACAAGAAAAUGGUUAAUGGUGGCAAAGUCAACAAUUGGAUCUGUAUUAACUUUGCCCGCAAUGUGGCAGAGAAUGUGGCUCGUAACUUUUGUAAUGAGCUUGCUCAAAUGUGUGUUACUUCUGGCAUGACCUUUAGUCCGGAGCCUGUAAUCCCUGUUACAAGUGCCCACCCCGAUCAGGUGGAAAAAGUCUUAAAAGCUAUGUAUCAUGAAGUCGUGACAAAACUGCAGCCCCAAGGGAGGGAGCUUGACUUGUUGAUAGUUAUAUUACCAGAUAAUAAUGGCUCUCUUUAUGGUGAUCUGAAGCGUAUAUGUGAGACAGAUCUUGGCAUUGUCUCCCAGUGCUGUCUGCAGAAGCAUGUCUUCAGGGUUAACAGACAGUAUGUUGCCAACGUGGCUCUGAAGAUUAAUGUGAAGGUGGGAGGGAGUAACACUGCACUUGUUGAUGCACUCAAUUGGAAGAUACCAUUUGUCAGCGAUAAGCCUACUAUUAUAUUUGGUGCCGACGUCACACAUCCCCACCCGGGCGAGGAUUCUAGCCCAUCUAUUGCUGCUGUUGUUGCUUCCAUGGAUUUGCAAAUCACAAAAUAUGCUGGUUUGGUUUCUGCUCAAGCCCAUAGACAAGAGCUCAUUCAAGAUUUGUAUAAAACCUGGGAAGAUCCUGUUAGAGGGACUGUGACAGGCGGCAUGAUAAAGGAACUUCUUGUUUCUUUCUACAAAGCAACUAGACACAAACCACAGAGAAUUAUUUUCUAUAGGGAUGGAGUCAGUGAAGGGCAGUUUUAUCAAGUAUUGCUUUAUGAACUUGAUGCUAUUCGUAAGGCAUGUGCAUCUUUGGGACCCAACUAUCAUCCCGAAGUUACAUUUGUUGUGGUUCAAAAACGUCAUCAUACUAGAUUGUUUGCCAAUAACCAUAAUGACAAGCAUGCAGUUGACCGCAGUGGAAAUAUACUGCCUGGCACCGUCGUAGAUUCAAAGAUCUGCCACCCCACUGAGUUUGACUUCUAUCUCUGUAGCCAUGCUGGGAUACAGGGUACUAGCAGGCCAGCACAUUACCAUGUCUUAUGGGACGAAAACAAUUUCACAGCAGAUGCUCUUCAGUCUCUAACCAAUAACCUUUGCUACACAUAUGCACGGUGCACGCGGUCUGUUUCCAUUGUACCUCCCGCGUACUAUGCACAUUUGGCUGCUUUUCGUGCUCGCUUUUACAUGGAGCAGGAGACAGCUGAUGGCGCAUCAAUGGCAAGCGGUGCUGGUGCAGCUGCAAGGAAUACUCGGGGUCCAGCUGCCAAUGUUGCCGUGAGACCCCUCCCUCAGCUAAGGGAGAAUGUGAAGAGGGUUAUGUUCUAUUGUUGA